AUGGAGCUCAGCGUCCUCCUCCUCCUGGCCGUCCUCGCGGGGCUCUUGCUGCUGAUGGCCAGGGGUCAACCAAAAGCUCGUGGACGUCUCCCUCCGGGCCCCCACCCCCUGCCCUUCUUGGGGAACCUUUUGCAGAUGGACAGGAAAGGUCUGCUCAAAUCCUUCCUGAAGAUCCGAGACCAGUACGGCGAUGUGUUCACUGUAUAUCUGGGACCAAGGCCUGUGGUCAUGCUCUGUGGGACAAAAGCCAUCCGGGAAGCUUUGGUGGAAAAUGCUGAUGAAUUCUCUGGCAGAGGGACAAUUGCUGUGGUAGAGCCAAUCUUCCAAGGAUAUGGUGUUGUCUUUGCCAAUGGGGAACGUUGGAAGUUCCUUCGGAGAUUCUCUCUGGUCACCUUGAGGGACUUUGGGAUGGGAAAACGGAGUGUGGAGGAGAGAAUCCAGGAGGAGGCUCAGUGUAUGGUGGAGGAGCUGCGGAAUACCAAGGGAGCCCUCCAUGAUCCCACCUUCUUAUUCCACUCCAUCACUGCCAACAUCAUCUGCUCCAUCGUCUUUGGGGAACGUUUCUCCUACCAAGACCCCCAGUUCCUGCGCCUGCUGAACUUGUUCUUCCAAAGCUUCGCCCUCAUCAGCUCCUUCUUCAGCCAGGUGUUUGAGCUCUUCUCUGGCAUCUUGAAGUACUUCCCUGGCUCACACAGGGAGAUCUAUAGAAACCUGCAGGAAAUCAACGACUUCAUUGGUCGAAGUGUGGAGAAGCACCGCGAGACUCUGGACUGCUCUGCUCCCCGCGACUUCAUCGAUACCUACCUGAUCCGCAUGGACAAAGAGAAGUCUGACCCCAAUACUGAAUUCCAUCACAAGAACCUCAUUAUCACUACACUCUCGCUCUUCUUUGCUGGCACGGAGACCACCAGCACCACUCUCCGCUAUGGAUUCCUGCUCAUGCUCAAAUACCCACACAUCAGAGAGAGAGUUCAGAAGGAGAUUGAUCAAGUGAUUGGCUCAGACCGUGCUCCCACCCUCAAUGACCGAGUCAGCAUGCCAUAUACUGAUGCUGUCAUCCAUGAGAUUCAGAGAUUCGCGGACCUCCUCCCCAUCGGAAUCCCGCACAUUGUAACCAAAGAUACACACUUCCGAGGGUACAUCAUCCCGAAGGGUACAGAAGUAUAUCCCAUCCUGAACUCUGCUCUCAAUGACCCGCAAUACUUCAAGAAACCAGAAACUUUCAACCCUGACCAUUUUUUGGAUGCCAAUGGGACUUUGAAGAAGAAUGACGCUUUCAUGCCCUUUUCUAUAGGGAAGCGCAUUUGUCUUGGAGAAGGCAUCGCCCGAGCAGAAUUAUUCCUCUUCUUCACCACCGCCCUACAGAACUUCACUCCUGCUACCAACAUGGCCUCUGAGGACAUCGAUCUCACCCCCAUGGAGUGUGGUGUGGGCAAACUGCCCCCAAUAUACAAGAUCCGUUUCCUGCCCCGCAGAGGAGACUGAGGGAAGGGAGUCCAAAGAGGCUGGGAUUGGGAGUCCUUGCUUCUGCAGAAAGUGGCCCCUGCCUUUCUCCAUGUCUUCCAUCUUCAGAGACCCCACUGCAAGCCAGUAUCUCCCUCCUCCGUGGCUGCCUCCAUGGGGAAUUCCUUCCUCAUGCAGGUUCAUCUUUCAGCUCCUCUGU